UUAACUUAAGCCGCUAAUUGUGCUCCGUAUCCAAAUCGUCUACAAGACAAGUAAUAGUAAACCGUAACAUUCCCCUUCUAUCAUGGUAUAAAAGACUUUAGGCGCGGUCUGGAAGGCAUCAGUAGCUCACUUCUCUCGUUCUCAAACAGUUCACUUGAGAAAAUCAUUUACCAUGCACAUUGCCAAAUCCUUCUUAAUCCUUGCUUUGGUGGUUUUUGGACCAACAUUUGCCGAGCUUGGUGAAGAUGGUGACCAUGGUUGGCAUGGUAGUUCUUCCGGGGAAGAUUUCGGGGGCGACGAUCAUGGGGGUGAUCACGGAUUGAAUGGUUUAGGAGGUGGUGAACACCUUCAGGACGAACACAUCCACAUCCCCGUCAAAACAGUCGAACAACCUCAUCACAUUCACGUUCCAGUCAUCAAGAAAAUAGAGGUUCCUGUUCCACAUCCAGUUGGCGUUCAAGUUCCACAAGUUAUCAAAAUCCCAGUUCCACAACCCUACCCAGUUCAUGUAAACGUACCGCAACCAAUCCCAGUAACCAUUUACAAGUUGGUUCCACAAGAAAUUGAGAAAAGAGUACCAAUUACCGUUGAAAAACCAGUACCGUAUCCAGUUGAAAAAGAAGUCAAAAUUGAAAUUGAAAAGCACCAUCCUGUAUAUAUUUCGAAACCAUAUCCAGUUCAUGUUCCUGUUUACAAACACAUUCAUAAAGUACCAUCGAAAUGGUAAAGGAAUUUUUUAGGAACCUAAACUAGUCAUAGUUUGAAAAAAAGAUUGUUGAUGAUUGUUGUUUUUGUUUUUUUUUUGUUUUAUUGUUGAUUAAUGAUAAGUUUUGAUA